AAAGACUUAGUAAAAGUCAACUAAUCAGCAUUUGAUACCUUCCGCCUUUUCCAUCAAUUAGUCUUCUCCAGAAGAAAUCUUUGCAAGGACCAGGUACUCAUGGCUUCUUCUGCUCUGACUUACUCAAGGAGAAUCCACGUCUUCCCUAACUUCCAUGGCCCAGAUGUUCGUCGAACAUUUCUCAGUCAUUUACACAGAGAAUUUGUGAGCAAAGGGAUCGUGGCCUUCAAAGAUAAGGAGAUCGAAAGAGGCCACACGAUCGGACCUGAUCUCGUACAAGCGAUUAGAGAAUCGAGGGUCGCCAUCGUUGUGCUCUCCAAGAAUUAUGCUUCAUCUGGCUGGUGCUUAGAUGAGCUGGUGGAAAUCUUGAAGUGCAAAGAAGAUCAAGGCCAGGUUGUGAUAACUAUUUUUUAUGACGUUAACCCGUCUGAUGUUCGAAAACAGCGUGGCGAUUUCGGAAGAGCUUUCGAAACAACUUGUCAAGGAAAAACAGAGGAAGUGAAGCAGAGAUGGAACAAGGCUUUGACUGAUGUCGCUGACAUAGCUGGAGAACACUAUCUCAAUUGGGAAGAUGAAGGGGAGAUGGUCGAAAAGAUUGCCGCAGAUGUUUCCAAGAAACUGAAUCUCACACUCUCAAGAGAUUUUGAGGGCAUGGUUGGAAUGGAAGCACACUUGAGGAAAUUAGACUCUUUGUUGUGCCUAGAGUGCGAUGAAGUGAAGAUGAUUGGAGUUUGGGGUCCUGCGGGUAUUGGUAAGACCACCAUUGCUAGAGCUUUAUUCGAUAAACUCUUUAGCCAUUUCGGACUUAGUUGUUUUAUGGGUAACCUCGAGGGAGGUCUCAAGAAGAGCAUAAGGGGUGUCGAUGACUAUGCUUCCAAGUUGUGUUUACAAAGCCAAUUUCUGUCCGAAAUUUUGAACCAAAAAGAUAUGAAGAUACGACAUUUAGGUGCAGUAAAAGAAUGGCUACAAGACCAAAAAGUGCUUAUAGUUCUUGAUGGUGUCGAUGAUCUAGAGCAAUUAGUGGUUUUGGCUAACGAGCCUUCCUGGUUUGGUUCCGGAAGUCGGAUCAUCGUUACUACGGAAGAUAAAAAGAUUUUGACGGCACAUGGUAUAAAUGUUAUCUACAAUGUUGAUUUUCCAUACGAAGAAGAAGCUCUUGAAAUCUUCUGCCUAUCUGCUUUCAAAAAAGCUUCUCCACAAGCUGGUUUUGAAAAGCUUGCAAAGAAAGCAGCAAAGAUUUGCGGUAAUCUCCCGUUAGGCCUUUGUGUUGUAGGCUCAUCUUUGCGUUGUGCGACCAAAUCCGAGUGGGAGCUUCAGUUAUCUGGGAUUGAAAAUAGUCUUGAUAAGAAAAUUGAGGACGCAUUAAAAGUGGGAUAUGACAGAUUGUCGAAGAAACAUCAAGCUAUCUUUCUCCACAUAGCAUGCUUCUUCAACAAUGAGAAUGUUGAUCACGUGACAACCAUGCUCUCUGAUAGUAACUUGGAUUUCAGAAAUGGGCUGAAGACCCUAGCCGAUAAAUCUCUGGUGUUUAUAUCAACUGAUGGGAAGAUAGUGAUGCAUUAUCUACUCCAACAAAUGGGUAGAGAGGAAGUUGUAAAGCACUCUGACGAGCCGGGGAAACGUCAGUUUCUAGUGGAAGCUCAAGAUAUUCUCAAUGUGCUGGCAAAUGGAACAGGUACUGAAUCUGUUGUCGGCAUAUCCUUUGAUACGUCCAAGAUCGGGGAGUUGUUUAUACAUCGUAGAGCCUUUGAAAGAAUGCAUAAUCUCCAAUUUUUAAGAAUUUUCAUGAAUCAUUCCAAUGAAAACUUAAGCUUGUGCACAAUAGAGGGCAUGGAUUAUCUUCCUCGUCUAGAAGACAUGGAGUUUCUACCUCGUCUAAGAUUAUUAGAUUGGAGUUCAUACCCAGGAAAAUGUCUUCCUCAAUCACUUCGUCCUGAAUUUCUCAUCAAGCUUAAUAUGCCAUCCGGAAAAUUCGAGAAGCUAUGGGGUGGAAUCCAGCCCCUUGUAAAUCUGAGGAAGGUGAAUUUGAACUUUUGUUUCAAGUUGAAAGAGAUCCCAAAUCUUUCUAGAGCUACUAAUCUCGAGACAUUGACAUUUAUCCAAUGCACGAACCUGGUGAAGUUUCCUUCCUCUAUUGUGAAUCUAUACAAACUAACAACGGUGAGGAUGUGGGGUUGCAAAAAUCUACUGGUUGUUCCAACCGACACCAACUCACAGUAUCGUAACCUGAUGUGUACCUCAGUAUUGAGAAGUUUUCCAGAUAUUACUAGGAACAUCAAUAAUCUAUGGUUCGGGAGUUCAUCAUUUGUUGGUCGAAACCGCAACAGAGACUUCAAGAGAUUACCCCAUGUUCCAGAAAGUGUAUGGAAUUAUGAAGACCUAAGCAGAAGUGAUAUGGAGAGGCCACACACUUUUUUCAACGAAAACUGUACAAAACAAAGGCCUAAUGUUGUUGGAAGAGAGCUCCAGAGAUUCACAACUCAUGUUCCACAAAGUUUAUGCAAGAUAGACCUAAGCGGCAGUGAUAUAGAGAGGAUUCCAGAUUACGUCAGCGGUCUCCAUCGGUUACAAACUCUUUUCAUCGAAAACUGUACAAAACUCAUAUCAGUGGAGGGUCUCCCCAGUUCUCUCAAGUUCUUGCAUGCAAACGGUUGUGUUUCACUUGAGAGAGUGGAAUUCUCAAUGCUUUUACGAGAUCCAGGUUCAAUCAGAGAUCUCAUGUUUCGUGACUGUUGGAGACUUGAUGAGGAAGCAAGAAGAGAAAUCAUAAAUAGUAGGUUUGCCAAAUAUGUAUGCUUACUCGGUAUACAAGUCCCCGCGGAGUUCACUCACAAAGCUAGAUCAAACUACAUAACUAUCUCUCCAGGGAAUUUCUGCACUGCCUACUCAAGAUUUAAGGCGUGCGUCCGGCUUGAUUCAAUCAAAGAUAACACAUUUUCUAGUGUAGAUUGUUAUAUAAGAAGCAAAGAAGGUGUCAUCAUUAACCAAGUCAACUAUCUGACUAAAAUAAAUCCAGGCCAGUCUCCUCAAAUUCGAACACCUCAUCUCUUUAUAAUUGGUGAUAAAUUGUCACACCAAAGAAACAAAAGCCGCUCUGAAGUGGAUGUGGAUACAAGCGAGAUGAUUUUUCAAUUCACCAGCUCAGAUAACCACACAAUUAGGGAGUGUGGUGUACGGAUCUUCAAGGAGAAGCCCUGCUUGGAAACCGGAGACAACAAAAACGACCGGACUUAUGACCAUGAUAUUGAUGGAAACUGUGAACCUGAAGCUGUAGGCAACAUUAGCAACCAAACAAAUAAGGCGGAAGCUGUGGAGGUCUCUCAAGUUGAUAAUUUGGAAAGCAGUAAACACACAGGUCUUUGGGGGUUACUUAGGAAGCUUGGUCUAGGGAAGAACAGGAAGAUGAAAAAGGCAGAAACUCCAUUCUGUGCUUGACUCUGCUUGUAGUGAGGGUUGUGAUAGUAAGUGGAAAGUUAUCAUCUGGAGAUGAGAGAUUGCAUAUUUUUACUAGUUCAUUACUCAAACCUUUUGAUAAAUAAAUAGAAAUUCCUAGAGCCUGAGACCUGCACAUAGGGAUGUUACCGAAUAUACAGAAUGAAUGUUAUUUUUAAGAAACUA